UAUGAGGCAAGAAUCUUGGAUCUCCUAUAAACUCUGGAUAAACCAAAUUGAGUCGAGGACCACUAUAUGCAGGGUCACUUUCCAUAAAUGAAGCGAAAGCCAAGCUCUGUUUAGCUGGCAUAGUUUUUCGCCUUUCGCACAUAUUUCAGCAGUUCAACAGGCAUUAGACAACAGACCCAAAAAAAAAAAAAAAACAAGCAUUAGACCCAAUUCCAGGGCAUGCAUGGCCUGAGGGAUAACAGAGAAAGAAAUUGAAUUCAGGGCACGAAUGCUCUCGCACGGUGAAGCAGCAGCAAGCUAACUGCUCAUUGGUCAAACACAUCGCGGAACUUGGAAGUGGAUAAAGAGACGGAUCAACAGCUGGUGCCAAAUAAUGCAUGCAAAUUAUAGAUAUUAUCGUGCAAGCAAUCGCUCACGCACAUCCCUUGACUGAGUCUUCCAUUGUGAACGCAUCCCUCAUAUCGGUGCCUAUUCAUUCUCUCGAAGAGACAGCAAAAAGAGAAUUCCUAAUGGCGUUGACAGAACUGGACGAGCGUGGGAAUACUGAUCGAAGUCGAACGAUCAUCUCUAAUGUUUAUCGUUAAGAUAUUCGUGCAUCAUCACAGAGUUCUGCAUCGGUUUUAUUAUUAGAAUAAAGAGCUCGCUGUAUUCAGAGCUCAGAGCGGAAGCAGGUCUCGCCUCAUCUGUGGCGCAAGAGACGCUUGUCUCUGUUCUCUUGACACGAUGAGUCAUCGUGUCAGCAGCAACCUUGGGGCACAAGAAACUGACAUAACAAACGCAGCUUCGUUGCAAUACCAUUCAGAGGCACCGUAUAUCCACAAAGUGGGCAUCCCUCCAAAGCAGAACCUUCUGCAGGAAUUCACAGCCACAGUGAAGGAGACUUUCUUUGCAGAUGACCCGCUUCGUCAGUUUAAAGAUCAACCGCGGUCAAGGAAGUUCAUUAUUGGCAUCCAGAGUGUUUUUCCCAUUCUCGAAUGGGGAAGACGCUACAACCUGACUAAGUUUAAGGGCGAUCUGAUCGCUGGACUUACCAUAGCAAGCCUUUGCAUUCCACAGGAUAUUGCGUAUGCAAAGCUUGCAAAUUUGGCUCCACAAUAUGGACUAUAUAGCAGCUUUGUUCCCCCUCUUAUAUAUGCCUUCAUGGGUAGCUCGAGAGAUAUUGCCAUAGGGCCAGUAGCUGUUGUUUCUCUCUUGCUUGGGACUCUUCUUCAGGACGAGAUUGAUCCAGUUAGUCAUCCCCAAGAGUACAGACGCCUGGCAUUCACGGCUACUUUCUUUGCUGGCAUCACCGAAGUCAUGCUUGGGUUCUUUAGGCUGGGCUUCUUGAUCGAUUUCCUAUCUCAUGCCGCGGUUGUUGGCUUUAUGGCCGGUGCUGCAAUCACCAUUGCUCUUCAACAGCUCAAGGGUCUGCUGGGCAUAACAAACUUCACAAAGAAGACCGACAUAGUGUCUGUUAUGCGAUCAGUUUGGAGUACGGUGGAUCAUGGGUGGAAUUGGCAGACGAUAGUGAUCGGAGUGACAUUCUUGGCCUUCCUCCUUCUGGCCAAAUACAUAGGCAAAAAGAACAGGAAACUAUUUUGGGUGGCUGCAAUUGCCCCUCUGAUCUCCGUUAUCCUGUCCACUUUUUUUGUGUAUAUUACUCACGCUGACAAGCAGCAUGUUGCAAUUGUGGGUGAUAUAAAAAAGGGUGUGAAUCCAUCUUCUGUGAAGAAAAUCUUUUUCACUGGCACUUAUCUUGCCAAGGGCUUUAAGAUUGGCGUAGUUGCAGGCAUGAUUGCUUUGACGGAAGCCAUUGCGAUUGGACGGACAUUUGCUACCAUGAAGGACUAUCAGAUAGAUGGAAAUAAGGAAAUGGUAGCACUAGGAAUGAUGAACGUGGUUGGUUCAAUGACAUCCUGUUACGUUGCUACUGGGUCUUUCUCUCGUUCUGCUGUUAAUUACAUGGCUGGUUGCCAUACAGCAGUCUCUAACAUUGUCAUGUCCUGCGUGGUGUUGUUAACCUUGGAACUCAUCACGCCAUUAUUCCACUAUACUCCAAAUGCAAUUCUCGCAUCAAUUAUUAUAUCCGCAGUGGUUGGCCUAAUUGAUAUUGAAGCAGCAAUACUGAUUUGGAAAAUUGACAAGUUUGAUUUUGUUGCUUGCAUGGGAGCCUUCUUUGGUGUGGUUUUGGUCUCUGUUGAGAUAGGCCUCUUAAUUGCGGUUUCAAUUUCAUUUGCCAAAAUACUCUUACAAGUAACAAGACCUCGCACAGCCAUUCUUGGUAAGCUACCGAGGACGACUGUUUACAGGAAUAUUUUGCAAUACCCAGAAGCAACAAAGGUUCCAGGAGUUCUGAUUGUCAGAGUUGAUUCAGCCAUCUAUUUUUCGAAUUCAAACUAUAUCCGUGAAAGGAUAUUGAGAUGGCUUGGCGAUGAAGAUGAAUAUCUGAAGGAGAAUCAUCAACCAAGAAUCCAGUACUUGAUCGUGGAAAUGUCUCCCGUUACAGACAUUGAUACUAGUGGCAUACAUGCCCUUGAAGAUUUGCACAAAAGCCUCCAGAAGAGGGAUAUUCAGCUUGUUCUUGCAAAUCCAGGACCGGUGGUGAUUGACAAGCUUCAUGCGUCCAAGUUCAUCGACUUGAUUGGGGACGAUAAGAUCUUCCUUACUGUAGCAGACGCCGUUAUGACCUGUGCUCCCAAGACGGAACAAGCCUAAUCGUCCCUUUUCGCACGCUCCAUAAUUUCCGUAAUUGUUCCGCUUGAUGAUCAAACAGUUCGGGCACUAACUGAGACUUAUCUGGGUCUUGAAAUGGUGUGUGUAGUGUGUCAGUAAAGAAAUGAGAGCCAGUUGUGAAUUUGUUUUGGUGGCAGGACGUGAAAUGGGUGUGAAUGCUGAGUGAUAUCAUAAGCUUUUCUCUCUUGUGGGGCAAUUGCAAUGUCUGUAGAUUUUGUCUUUAAAUUGUUCUGGCAUGUUUGUGUUCUUAUUGACUCCUAAACGAAAUGGGACAAAUAAAUGGAACGUGUGGUUCCUCUGUUGUUUUUUCUUUUA